UGCCAGCACCUCUACCCCAGCUAUUUUUACCCGUCGGGCUCACAAGCCUUCAACAGUGACCUUCCCUGAGGGAUUCUGCCACAUGGAGGGGGGGCAACAGCCACCAGCUGUAGCCCUGGUGGGGCACCCAUGGGGUUGUGACAUGGCUGUUUCUUGUUGGUGGCAGCAGCCAGUGAAGAGGGUUUUGGAGGGGCUGCUUGUGUCUUGGUAGAGGAGGAGGAUUGAGCCUGAGAAAGGAGCCACUUGUUCGGCUCCAGAGGCAAGUUCAUGGUUCAGCCUUUAUUUGGCAGAGAGGGCACAGCCUGGGAGCUCCCCCGGUGCUGUCAGUGUGGAGCAUCACAGGUUGCUUUGCACCCUUUGGAGAUGGGUUGGGUGGCAUUUUGCAAAGCUCAACAGGGAAUUAACAAACUGUUCAGCCCCUCAGCACCCUCCUGCUUGGUGCAUCCUCCAGCUCUGUCAUGUGCAUCACCAUCCCUUCCUUCCCACUCCAGGCCGGUCUUGUAGUGGCCAUGUUCCUGAGUCAGUGGUGGAGGGCAGCAUGCCAGCAGGUCAGCUAAACCCCAGGGACAACGAGCACUGUCACAGCUGAAAGCCAGCCAGGACCAGGACCUGGAGUCACCGCCAAGGCAUGGUGCUGCAGCUGAGGCUGGUGUGCCAAGCGUACCAGACUCCAUGCCCAGCAGCACAUCCUUUCACUGCGGCCAGACCAUGUGGAUGGAAAGCUGCAGCCCGACAAGUAGGAGCCCAGCAUGGUGGCUGUUAGGGGGUCCACAUCUCCCCCCCAUGUCACCACUGCAGUGAGCUGAAGCUCUGUGUCCUGCAGGGAGCCUCACUGGCCAGCUGACACCAUCCUGCACCCUAUGCCCCGUUCCUAUGCCAGAGUGGGUGCCCUCCCUGGCUCAGCCAUCUGCCAACCAUGAAGUACUCAUUGCGCUUCUGCUUCCUCUCAAUUGCCUUCCUGCUCAUCUUCAUCAUGUCCCUCCUUUUCACCUACCCCCACCACAGCACUACCUACCUGGACCCUGGUGGGCUGGGUGGCAUCCACCAGGUGAAGCUGGUGCCUGGCUACACUGGCAUGCAGCAGCUCAGCAAGGGGAGCCCAUAUCUCCAGGGCUGCACCUGCCACCGCUGCUCAGCCGACAAGGCUGGGGCUGCUGACUGGUUUGAUGGGCGCUACGAUGGCACCGUAUCCCCAGUGUGGACCAAGGACAACAUGGACCUGCCACCUGAUGUCCAGAGGUGGUGGAUGAUGCUGCAGCCGUAGUUCAAGUCCCACAACACACACAAGGUCCUGAGCAAGCUCUUCCAGAUCGUGCCAGGCGAUGAUCCCUACCGGUCCCGUGACCCACGUCACUGCCGCCGCUGUGCUGUGGUUGGCAACUCAGGCAACCUGCGAGGCUCUGGUUAUGGGCCGGAGAUUGACAGGCACGACUUCAUCAUGCGGAUGAACCAGGCCCCUACAGUGGGUUUUGAGGGUGAUGUGGGUGGUCGGACCACGCACCACUUCAUGUACCCCGAGAGUGCCAAGAACCUGCCUGCCAAUGUCAGCUUUGUGCUGGUGCCCUUCAAAACCCUGGACCUACUCUGGAUUGCCAGUGCCCUCUCCACCGGCCAGAUCAGGCUCACAUACGCACCUGUGAAGCCUUUUCUGGGGGUGGACAAAGAAAAGGUGCAGAUCUACAACCCUGCCUUCUUCAAGUACAUCCACGAUCGCUGGACAGAACACCAUGGGCACUACCCCUCUACUGGCAUGCUGGUGCUCUUCUUUGCCCUCCAUGUCUGUGAUGAGGUGAACGUCUUCGGGUUUGGCGCCGACAGCCGGGGCAACUGGCACCACUACUGGGAAAACAACCGCUACGCCGGGGAGUUCAGGAAGACGGGAGUGCAUGACGCCGACUUCGAGGCACACAUCAUUGACAUGCUGGCCAAAACCAGCAAGAUUGAGUUGUACCGGGGGAACUGAGCCUGCCCCAGUUCUUGGAUCUCCCCAGGGCACCAGCUGGGCACCACAGCCCUGUGCCACCAAGGGAGCCAGCCCAGCCAUGCUGGGUGCCUCCAGCAGCCAGUCAGGUUCAGAGCUAAAGGAGACUUUUUGUUUUUUUUAAUUAUUAUUAUUAAGAAACCUGGAUAAAAAGGAUUUGUAAACACAAUCAGUGACUGAUGGAAGCGGUGGCCAGCUCGCAUCUCUUUACAGUCAAAGCAAAUGCUGCUCUUUUUAAAACAAGAACCCUCUACCCCAACCACCAAAGCCGGGUGACUUUAGGGAACACGAGCAUCACAUCUGGGCUGAGGGAGACCUGGUGGCUGAGCAGCUUCGCCAGUGGAACCAGCUGCUUCUUUCUUCCUUUAUUUUGAUAUGGGCUUUUUUACCCACCUGGGGCAGCUGCUGCCAUCACUUCCCUGGGGAAGGCUCCUUCCCAAUAUAGAAGUACAUCCUGGUGUAGCUUCAUCACAUAGACCCAUCAUGGGGAGCUGGUGGCCGUAGGAAGCUCACCAUCACUGAUGCUCUGCUGUGGGCUGGUGGCUGCUGGCAUGGCCAGGCUGAGAGAUGGAGAGGAAUCCCAGCUUUGGGGCUGGGCAUCCCUACUCCUCUACCCAGGGAGAUGGAGAAGGGAAGUGCCUCCCCAGAAAUGGAAUCAAAACCACAUUAUUUGGGUCAAACAGGCAGAUGGGCUGUUUUUUUGUUGUUGUUUUUUAUUAGGAGAUGCUGGAAAGACCAAGAGAAAGGAAACCAUGGAAAAAGUCUCCCAGAGAGGGACCCUCAGCGUACAUGGUCGGUGACAAUGCUGGGUGCUUUGGCACAGUGGUGGCACAAGCACCAGGGUGCCAGGAAUGGGACAGGGGCUGCAGGACCAGAGCCCUAGUUGCAAUAGUUUGGGGAACAAUCACCAUGGGUUUUUUUUGGGCUUGGAGAUAUUUUUUUACCCUUUUGUAUGGGGCUUUCCUGCAGCAGCCUCUUACCUGUUUCUCUGCUUUGGUUUGGUCAUUUUUCAGGGUUUUCUUUUUUUUCUGAGGUUUCUUUCUGCAGUUGUGAAACACAAGGGUUUGGGUCACCUGGAGCAGGCACUGAGCAUCCCCUGGGCUGGCGAAGUUCAUCUUUUCUGUGCACAGGGCUUUAAACCUCUGAGUUUCAUGGUGGGUUUUGGUGGAAGCAGUGCCACCCCAGCAUGAGCUGCAUGACUUGCAACUGCUGCGGCCAGCCUCAAACCCCACCCUGGGACACAGAGGCAGAUUGCAGCAAGCCCAGGUCUCCACCUUCCUGGGUUGGUUUCCCCUUUUUUUUUAGUGGAAGAAAACUAAAACCCACAAAACCACAAGCAACAAUGAAUGCCUUGACCAUCUCCUGUUGGCUGCACCAGGCUGUGCCCACUCCUGUACCAGCAGAGGGGACUUGGCUGAUUUAUCUAGCAGUCAGACCCACUUCCCUCCUCAAGCACGGCUGGCUCUCAGCUGGGAAGUGCUGCAGGGGGACACGGACACAUCCAGGUCACCAUUUGGCUGGAGAGGCCAAAUCCAGCUUGAUGAGUCUGACCAGGGCCAGGCAGGCCAAUCACAGGGUGAGCAGAGGUGCUGGGUACCAAACCCACUGGCAGCACAGUGAUGGUGUCUGGUGUGCCUGUGGCUCCUUGCUAUCCUGACAGAAUUUUGGGGGGGUGAUUUCCUUCCCCUUCCCCCUUUUUAAACAGUUAUUGUUAUGUAAGCUGUCCCAAUAGGACUUGAGUCUUCUGUUUUUCUGGCAGAGCAGCCACUAACCAGGUGCAGGAGGAGGAUGGUGCACAGCCAGCAGGAAGCUGUCGUGAUGAACACCACUAUACUGUACAUAGAGGAGAUGUCAGGCAGAGGCUAUGGGCAGGGAAGAAGGGCCAAGGCUUUGUCUUCAUCACAUGGUGCCUGAUGGAGCACCCAUCACCUCCCACCCCACCGGGAGCGUGAGAGACACCAGUGCUCUGAGCUAGGGCUGGGAGCAGGCAGUUGCCUUCACCUGUAGCUUCUGUGUACAUGGAGAUUUCUGCACACAACUGUCUUAAAACAACUUUAAAAAAAACAC